GGAGAGAGCUGGAGAGAGAGAGAGGAGACGUUUCGUACUUUAUUGAGGCUGCUGGAGAAGACUAKUUCUUAAUACUGCUUUCUAGGAGCWAGACAUCCUCACAGGGACCUUUACUAUAAUACACAACAACACACACACACUUCAUACACUCUCAGCACCAUGUUGGAGGAGAAGAAGACCAAGGUGAAGAUCAUGUUCUUCGUCAUCCUGGUGGGCAUCUCCUGCAUGCUGGCUGCCAUGGUGACGGACCACUGGACUGUACUGAGCCCGCCGUUCGACAAGUUCAACACCACCUGUGAGACGGCCCACUUUGGCCUCUGGAAGCUCUGCAUGAAGACCCAAGAACUGCUCCUACUUCAAACACUUCACUAAGGAAGAAGAGGCCAAAGGGUUCGAAGCCAAAACUCAGAAAGAGUACAACCUCUCAGCUGCGGCCAUCGCUGUGUUCAGCCUGGCCUUCAUGACCCUGGGGUCGCUCUGUGUCGUGUGCUCCUUCGGGAAGGGGAGGGACUACCUGCUGAGGCCUGCUGGGAUGUUCUUUGCCUUCGCAGGUCUCUGCAUCAUCAUCUCUGUUGAGGUGAUGCGGAACUCCACCAAGCGGAUGAUUGACAGCGAGGAGACCGUCUGGGAACAGUACUACUACUCCUGGUCAUUUGAAUGUGCCUGCACCUCCUUCGUCCUCCUGGUCUUCAGUGGCCUCAGCCUGUUGAUCAUCUCCAUGCCCCAGAUGCCACGCAACCCCUGGGAGACCUAUGCCACGCAACCCCUGGGAGACCUGUAUGGACGCAGAGCCAGACUCCAUGGAGCCCUUAGACUAGUAGUAGUAGAUCAGAUUAGACCUGCCCAGAUCAACCCCUGGGAGACCUGUAUGGAACACAGAGCCAGACCCUCCAUGGAGCCUUAG